UGCGUCCCUAUCGCCAUGAAGCCAUUUUCCCUUUCGGUCACUUCUCCCUUCGUGAAUCGUGAAUCGUAAACGGGGAAGCGGCUGUGCGUUACUUGGGCUUUUUGAGGUAUUCAGUCCAGAAUUGAAGCGUCGAAAGCCUUGUGGUUUGGUUUACGAAGAAAGUGAAAGACGCUGUCGGCCACAAUGACUGAUAACCAGUACAGCGGCUAUCAGCAGGGGUAUGGGCAGUAUAGCCAGCCCCCACCUUCAGGAGCGCAAGAUACUUCGUAUCCUCCCCCAUCGAGUGGCGGUGGCAAUAAUUACAAUCAAUAUAGUCAGCCACCGCCAAGCAACAAUAGUUACGGAAACUACACCAGCUACAACCAAACUAGUGGAACAGAUUACUCCACUGCUCCUAGUCAGGGAGGUUAUGGACAUAAUAAUUAUGGGAGUGGAAACUCCGGGUCAGGUAGUGCCAAUAAUUAUAGCACUGGCUAUAAUCAGAGCGGCGGGGGUGCAAGUGGAGGUGGUGGAAGCGGCGGCAGUUACAGCCGAGGUGGAAGCGGAGGAGGAUAUGGAGGAGGAGGCCAAGGGGGAGGAGGAGGAGGAGGAGGAGGAGGUGGCGGCGGCGGCGGAGGUGGAGGUGGAGGAAACGGUAGUAGAUUUGGCGGAGAUCGUGGAGGAUACGGUGACCGCUCAAGCGGAGGUGGAGGAUAUAACAGUGGCGGUGGCCGUGGUGGUUUUAACAAAGGAGGCUAUGGCGAUCGCAGUGGGGGUGGUGGCGAAGGGAUGGUUAUCCAAGAGGACACCAUCUUUGUCUCGGGCAUGGAUCCUUCUGUAACGGAGGAUGAGAUAUGCGAGCACUUUGGAGCUAUUGGAAUUAUCAAGAAUGAUAAGCGAACUGGAAAACCAAAGAUUUGGAUGUACAAGGACAAAAAUACAGGAAAACCAAAAGGCGAAGCUACAGUUACAUACGAAGAUCAGAACGCCGCACGUUCAGCGAUAAAUUGGUUCGAUGAUAAAGAGUUUAAGGGCUUUACUAUCAAAGUCCAAAUCGCCCAGCACAAAAGUAAUUGGCAAGGAGGUCGGGGUGGAGGAGGCAGUGGAGGAGGUGGCGGGCGAGGAGGGGGUCGCGGGCGCGGAGGUUUUGGUGGACGUGGAGGUGGAGGAGAUAGAGAUGACCAUUCACGAGGAGGCGGUGAUGAUCGACGUGAUGGUGGCGGUCGAGGAGGAGAUUGGCGUUGCCCGAACCCUGAUUGCGGAAAUACGAACUUUGCGUGGCGCGAUCAGUGCAAUCUUUGCAAAAGUUCUAAGCCCGAAGGGGCAGGUGGUGGAGGUCGUGGAGGAGGUGACCGAGGUGGACGCGGGGGCGGUUUUAGAGGCGGGGAUAGGGGAGGUCGCGGAGGUGACAGGGGUGGAAGAGGUGGUGGAUUCCGUGGUGAUAGAGGAGGUGGACGAGGCGGUGGCAGAGGCGGACCAAUGCGAGGAGGUGGUGGCCGUGGAGACAGAGACAGAGACCGUCAACGUCCGUACUAGGUAAACUUAUUCGAAGAGAAAUGAGAAGAAGUCAAAGCGUGUUUUUACACUGUAAUUUGUAUACAUUCGACGCAUGUACAUUCUCCGAAGCACAACGAGCAUCGCGUUUGUUAACCUGUGACAUUGUCAUUUUAUUAAUUGAGUAACAAGAAUUUUGUACUCGUUACUAGCAAUGGUACCGUAAUGAACGUACAUUGACAUUUUAAUAAAAUGAUGAAUUUGAGUUAUCGUA